AUGGCAAGAACCAAACAAACCGCUAGAAAGUCUACUGGAGGCAAAGCCCCACGAAAGCAACUGGCUACCAAAUCUGCCCGUAAAUCUGCACCUGCCACCGGUGGUGUUAAGAAGCCUCACAGAUACCGUCCAGGAACCGUCGCUCUUCGAGAAAUCCGUCGUUACCAAAAGUCUACCGAACUCCUGAUCCGAAAGUUGCCCUUCCAACGUUUGGUCCGUGAAAUCGCUCAAGACUUCAAGACCGAUUUACGAUUCCAGUCUUCGGCUAUCGGUGCCCUCCAAGAAGCCGCUGAAGCCUACCUCGUCGGUCUCUUUGAAGACACCAACUUGGCCGCCAUCCACGCCAAGCGUGUCACCAUUCAACCAAAGGACAUCCAAUUGGCCCGUCGAUUACGUGGUGAACGAUCUUAA